AUGUAUACACCACCGAACACACGUGUUCCAUCUUCAUUGCAUAACGUGGACUCAAAUUCGCGUCUUACGGUAAACUUUAAUGCAGCAAAUUUGCUUUCCGGUCCAAGUUUGGUUCCUCCACCUGUGGCCACUAACACCACAACUUCUGAUGACCAGCUUUUGGAAAGGGAAGAACCAAAAAACUCGUUUGAAAAUUCCCUUUCUGGUAUUAUGUUGCCACCUCCAAUGCCAGUACCGUCUCAAAUUACCGUCUCUAGUAGCCGUCCAACAGGUCAGCUUCGCUCGCGGUACGUCCUCCCACCUCAGCUUUCGCAGACUUCUGUGUCUGCUUCUCCACUAGCGGCGGCGGAAAAUUUAACAGAGCCGGCUACACCGACACCGCAAUCAGAGCCCACAUUUUCCACCACGACAGUUCUUCCAACUCCCUCUUACUUCGACUGUUCAUCAUCAGCUCAAAAUCAGCAGGAAAAACAACUUUCAACAGGAAUUACUAUUCCAAAAGUUCCCUACGAACCUGUGAAAGCUCACUGGUUCUACUCUACUAAAACCGUCGCUCAUGGCGUUAUUUGGUGGCCUUUUGAUCGUGUCGAUGCACAACGACUUGAGGCUGCGGCGACCUCGGCAAACCUCCUCUAUGUAGAUGCACUUCCACCCGACGCACCGGAUACAGCUGUGCCAGUUCGAGGCGGCCUCUACGACGCCCUGCUACGAGAACGUAUCUACAAACCCGUCUAUUGGCUAGCGGAUGAGGAGGAGUCGGGAGAGCUUUUGACAUUUAAGUGUCCAACCCUAGACAAAGGUGCCAUUUGCUACUCAAAGAAAUAUCGUGAAGCGAAUAAGGAGGACGAGGGUGAGGCGGGGCGAGAUGAGGCAGUACCUCCUCCUCAUUGUAAAGUACCACUCCCCUCCCACAGACCCCAAAAUGAGCAACGAGUGCUACCCUUCUCUGAGGCCCUGUCCAAGGCUCUGGAGGAGCGCUACCGACGCACUCUGGAAACUAAUACCUGGGGCGAACACUUCUCCCUGUCUUCUGAGGACUUGCCUCAUGAAACCGACACCUACAUCUUUCACAACGAGAAGGCGAUGCUUCAGUACCAUGGUGGCGGUGGUAAGUGCCCCACCAAUUUUGCGGAAUGCACCUAUCUCCAUCGGGGUCUGCGUGAGGAUCUGGCAGCUCAGCUUCCUCAGGGCGACGAUCGCCCAGUUGAGCAUGUAGUCUUCGUUGUUCACGGCAUUGGACCUAUCUACAAUAUGCGUGGCGAGGGUCUUAUCAGCUGUGUCAAUGAUAUGCGAAAAACAGCGACGGCUCUCUUGUCGACGCAUUUCAAAGACUUACGAGGAAAAGGACGAGUGGAAUUCCUGCCUGUUCGAUGGCACUCCUCCCUCCACUCCGAGUCUACGGGCAUUAACAAUCGACUGAAGCGUGUGACUCUACGCAGCAUUCCUAAGAUGCGCAGCUACACUAACGAAACCCUUACCGACAUUCUCUUCUACACCAGCCCCAAGUACUGCCAACACAUCAUUGACACUGUGGCGACCACCAUUAAACACCUACGUCAACUGUUUCUUCAGCGGAAUCCGGACUUUAGGGGGGACUUCUCGAUUGCGGGGCAUAGCCUGGGCUCCGUCAUAGUCUUUGACCUACUCUCGCACCAACGACGCACUCCCUCCGGCACACCCUCACUCAAUUCCGGCGGCGGAGGAGGGGGUCCCGAAGACGAGGACGACUGGUCACUCCUUGACGCUGCUGCCGCUUCUUCAACCUCAGUUGCUGUUCCUCCCUUCUGCGCCGACACUACAGAUCUUGCUGCCCAACUCACCUCGGCUACCGAUCUGACUGAGGCUCAGGUUCGCCAGGUUCUCAGCAUUCUCACCACUACCACUAGUGGUGGUGGUGGUAGUGUUGCUCUUCCAACAGCAAAUCAUUCAAACGGCGUGGGUCUGCCAGUGAUCAACUAUCCUCAGCUCGGCUUUCCGCUUAACACCUGUUUCCUUCUCGGCUCCCCAUUGUCCAUCUUCCUCGUGGCGCGAGGGGUGGAACGUCUGCCCUCGGAGUUUCGAUUGCCAACUUGUCAAGCCUGUGUCAACAUCUUUCAUCCUUUCGAUCCUGUGGCCUAUCGUUUGGAAAAUAUGAUCCUGCCGGAUUACAGGCCCUGUGCCGUGUUAAUGCCACACCACAAGGGAAGAAAGCGGCUUCACCUCGAAUUGAAGGACAAUAUCGCUCGUGUGGGUGCUGACAUCACCACGCGUGUCUACCAAUCCUUGCGGUCCACUUGGCGCACCCUUCAGGAGUUUGCAGCUGCGCACACUGCCUCUGGAACCACGAAAAAUGAACAUGAGGAGGAAAAGGAGGAAGAAGAGGAGUCAGAGGCAAUUAAACGUGCCCUCUCCCGUCUUACUGAUGGCAUUGGAGGGAACUCACUCCCUCACAGUGGCAAUGAGUACGACGACUAUGCUGAUGAUGACGAUGACGCUGAUAAGGACACCUUCCCGAGUCAAUUGAAUCAGGGCCGACGUCUAGACUACGUGCUGCAGGAGGGUCCGCUGGAGAGCCUCAAUGACUACCUCUUCGCUCUGUCCAGCCACGCUGUCUACUGGGACUCUCAGGAUUGUCUGCUCUUCAUGCUCAACCAAAUUUUCAACAACGCCGGUGUUGAGACUGAAACCUCCACCACCUCGGUAACUCCGUCUGUGCUGACCCCAAAGGGAUCCACCACUCACGAUUUCACCUCCACCACUAAGACAACCAAUCUGAUGCAACACUCUGCUUCCAUUCCCGUCCUCCCGAACGUCCCCACUGCAUCAUCAGCCUUACCUCCGCAGGUUAUCCAACAUCUAUAUCCGCCAUCGCAGACGCCACUCUUCAACCCCUCACCCGCACCUUCCACCGUCUCGCUCCAUAGCCAAUGCAUGGAUGGUGCCAAUAACCAAGUCACCAGUGGGAUAGCCGACAAUUCUCGUCCCACUGAGGACUCGAAAUUCGUUGAAAUCGACCUCACCCCUUGA